AGCCCCUUCCGGGGAUGGGCCCGGUGCCGCCCGGCUCCUCCCCGCUCGGGCGGGCGCUCGGCGGAGUCUCCGCCCGUCAGGCCGCCCGACGGGGCGGGCCGCAGACCGGGCCGAGGCAGCGGCGCCGGGUGCUCUGAACCCCGCCGGGCGUCAGCGCGGCCGCCGGCCCCGCGGCUGGGGGUGGGUGGGUGGGUGGGGGGCUCCGGGCGGGAAGGCGGCGGCGCCAUGUUCUCCCUCAAGCCGCCCCGACCCACCUUCAGGUCCUACCUGCUGCCGCCGCCUCAGACGGAUGACAAGAUUGGUUCGGAACCGAAGAUUAAGAAACUGGAGCCGGUCCUUUUGCCAGGAGAAAUUGUUGUGAACGAAGUCAAUUUUGUAAGAAAAUGCAUUGCAACAGACACGAGCCAGUACGAUCUGUGGGGAAAGUUGAUAUGCAGCAAUUUCAAAAUCUCCUUUAUCACUGAUGACCCAAUGCCAUUACAGAAAUUCCAUUACAGAAACCUUCUUCUUGGAGAACAUGAUGUUCCCUUAACAUGCAUUGAACAAAUUGUAACAGUGAACGACCACAAGAGGAAGCAGAAAGUCCUAGGCCCCAACCAGAAACUGAAAUUUAACCCAACAGAGUUAAUCAUUUAUUGUAAAGAUUUCAGAAUUGUCAGAUUUCGCUUUGAUGAAUCAGGUCCUGAAAGUGCCAAAAAGGUAUGCCUUGCAAUAGCUCAUUAUUCCCAGCCAACAGACCUCCAGCUACUCUUUGCAUUUGAAUAUGUUGGGAAAAAAUACCACAAUUCAGCUAACAAAAUGAAUGGCGUGCCCUCGGCAGGAGGAGGAGGAGGAAGGAGCACUGCUGGCGGUGGCAGCAACCAGAAAACGCCACUGUUUGAAACAUACUCAGACUGGGACAGAGAAAUCAAGAGGACUGGUGCUUCAGGGUGGCGCGUGUGUUCCAUUAACGAGGGCUACAUGAUAUCCACUUGCCUUCCGGAAUACUUUGUAGUGCCGAGUUCUUUAGCAGACCAGGACCUGAAGAUCUUCUCGCACUCUUUUGUUGGAAGGAGGAUGCCACUCUGGUGCUGGAGUCACUCCAAUGGCAGUGCUCUUGUGCGAAUGGCCCUGAUCAAAGACAUGCUGCAGCAGAGGAAAAUCGACCAGAGGAUUUGUAAUGCAAUAACUAAAAGUCAUCCACAGAGAAGUGAUGUUUACAAAUCAGAUUUGGACAAGACCUUGCCCAAUAUCCAAGAAAUACAGGCGGCGUUUGUAAAACUUAAGCAACUCUGUGUUAAUGAGCCUUUUGAAGAAACUGAAGAGAAGUGGCUAUCUUCCCUGGAAAGUACUCGCUGGUUAGAAUAUGUCAGGGUCUUCCUUAAACAUUCAGCAGAACUUGUGUACAUGCUUGAAAGUAAACAUCUCUCCGUGGUCCUACAAGAGGAAGAGGGAAGAGACUUGAGCUGUCUGGUAGCUUCUCUGGUUCAAGUAAUGAUGGAUCCUUAUUUCCGGACAAUUACUGGAUUUCAGAGUCUGGUACAGAAGGAAUGGGUCAUGGCGGGAUACCAGUUCCUAGACAGAUGCAACCACUUAAAGAGAUCAGAGAAAGAGUCUCCCUUGUUUCUGCUCUUCUUGGAUGCCACGUGGCAGCUCUUAGAGCAGCACCCAGCCGCCUUCGAGUUCUCCGAGACCUACCUGGCUGUGCUGUAUGACAGCACCUGGAUCCCACUGUUCGGCACCUUCCUGUUCAACUGCCCUCACCAGCGGGUGAAGCAGAGCACAGAAUUUGCUAUAAGCAAAAAUAUCCAACUAGGGGAUGAAAAGGGCUUAAAGUUCCCCUCGGUGUGGGACUGGUCUCUGCAGUUCACAGCAAGGGACCGCACCCUGUUCCACAACCCCUUCUACAUCGGCAAGAGCGCGCCCUGUGUGCACAACAGCUCCGGGAAAGCUUCCAAGCGGACAAAGAAAAGCUACAGCUCCACGUUGAGAGGAAUGCCAUCGUCCUUAAAGAACGGCGUCAUCAGUGACCACGAACUGCUUCCCAGGAGAAACUCGCUCAUAUUAAAACUCAAGCCAGACCCGCUUCACCACCCCGACGGCCAGCAUGGUGAGAUAGAGCAGUAUUUCCGAGAGUGGUUUUCCAAACCAGUCGACCUGCACGGCACUAUUCUGCCACGUGUCUCUGGAACCCACAUAAAGCUGUGGAAACUGUGCUACUUCCGCUGGGUGCCCGAAGCACAGAUCUCCCUCGGGGGCUCCAUCAUGGCCUUCCACAAACUCUCCCUCCUGGCCGAUGAGGUGGACAUGCUCAGUCGCAUGCUGCGGCAGCAGCGCGGCGGCCCGCUGGAAGCCUGCUACGCGGAGCUGGAGCAGAGCAGGAUGUACUUCCGGGCUCGGAGCCCGCACGACGCCUCGGCCACGCCGGACUUCCUCUCCUCGUCCUUCCCAUUUUCUCCCGUGGGGAACCUGUGCAGGCGAAGCAUCUUAGGAACACCGUUGAGCAAAUUUUUAAGUGGGGCCAAAAUAUGGUUAUCUACUGAGACGCUAGCAAAUGAAGACUGAAUUGUCCCGUUCUUCCUGAACAUUUUGAGGGAAGCCUCAGGUCAGUGUUUCCCUCCCGAUCAGAAUUGCUAACAUAGGCAUUUAAGACAGAUUAUUUUAUACCUAAGAAUAAUAGUCGAAAUUUGCACUAAUCCUGAAAACCAUGUUGGGUCCUGUUCCCACAGUUCUUGCCCAGAAAAGUAAGUUCUGUUUUUAAUGUCUUUUUCCUGUCAUUACCAGUCUGGCUUAUUUUGGGAUGAUCUACAGACACACAUUCCCCCUUUCUUAUAACUGUGAUCAGAAUGAUCAGGUAAUUUGUAUCUGUUUUUCCUGCUUCGUACUAAACGUUACCCAAUACCCAGCCAGAUGAACAACCCUGGAAAGGAGAUGCGGGAAGCUAAGGAAGCCGCAUCCAGUGCAUCAACAGGGAUGUGAGCAGAUGACGCUGGGUCGUCCUGUGUCCUCCCGCUCUGUGAUCCCCGCAUGAACUCACCUGACCAGGGUCCAGUCUUGGGGGAUUUAUCAUUUUAGAUCUCUCCUUUGGGGCCUUAGAGCACUGUGAUUUGGAGUCAAGAGUUUGCUUCUAGCGCCAUAGGACUGCCUUUACAGUGAUACUGUAACACACUGAAUCAUACUACCGCUUUAAAGCGUGCGCUGUAGGUGGUGUGAUUCGACUUACAAGUGCCUUUGACAUUAAGCUAUGAAUCAGAAAAACAGAAGUUAAUUUGUUAACCUUCAUGCAUUACAAUCCCACCAUAUACUGGAAAUUUGGUUUUCAUACUAAGCUUCUUACCACGAGCCCUAGGUAUCCCCAUACCCUUCUGGGGUCCUCUCCCAAGCUGCCACCUGGGCAGCCAAGGGAACCCCCCUCCUCAUGGCAAGACCCCAGAGCUGUGGGGGCUUUCUGGGACUUCCUGCACAUUUCCAUGUAUUAAUACUGCCAUUAUCAGAAACCACAAAAGUGCCACUCCCUUCCUGACUUGACAGCAGUACCAAGAGGAGACGUUUGUUUCACUCUUGAGAUCCUCAGUUUCCCACUGUGAUAGGAGCCUGGCCAAGACUUCAGGGUCAGCGCUUAAGACCAGCCCCAUGGUAACAGCACCACCUAGCCCCACCCGACCCCCUGACCCCGGCUUAAAUGGGGUGAAUCUCACAUUUGACUUUCUUAAAUUGCCCUCUUUCAAGAUUUAAACAAAUUUUAUGGUCAGGUGUCUACUUAACCUAUUUCCUUUUCUCAAGCAAGGUAGUUGCUUUUUCAGUCUGUUUACCUGCCUGUGUGCUGACUAGCUGAUUCUCCGUUAAUCACCUGCCUUUUAAAACCUAGUUGAUGUCUCUAAUGAGGUUGCUAUCAAAUGUCUUAGGAGAUUCAUCUUAGGGAUAAACCCAGCGUUUUUGCCAAGUUGUUGCCUGCAAAAUAAGGGCUACUUCCAGCUAAUACAAAUAGCACUAUUGCCAUGAUAUAUUUUAUAGACCCCCAAUUAAGAGGCCAGCCCUGAACCUCUCAAAACACACCAUUCUGGGUGUGCUAAUAGUUCUUCCUUUUUAUUAAGCUGCUUUUUAAAAAAAAAUUUAAAAUUUUCUAAAUUCAUUUUUGAUUGAGCAUUUCUUCCCUUACCAUUUAUUUCAACCGCUGUAGCAAUUUUUGUUGUUGGUACUAUUAAUGCUAUUUUAAAAUAGAAAAUGGGCAUAUUUUUGUAUGGUAAGUUCAGUUAAGAUGUUUUUAUUAUUUUUGCUGGAUAAUUGUUCUAUCAUGAUUAUUGUGCCACACCUCAGCGUGCAUAAUAUGAAAAACAAUAACAGCCUUAAGUGGGCCGUGGUGACGGCGGUCAGGCGUGGCCGGAGCGGCGGAGCACAGAGCUCUGCGCUGGCGGCCACACUUUCCAGUGUUCAGCGACUACCACGUGCGUUAUUCUAUGAUGGGAACCAAUCUUAAAACCAAAAAUGUCUAACUUUAUUUAAGUAAGAGUUUGUACUAACAGAGCGUGAAAACUGUUCGACACUACCCUUCAACAAAACCUUCUUGCCAUAGCAGCAACCUUGUUGUUAAAACUUGAUUCUAUGACAAAACUAAAACUGUUGUGCCUAGAACUGGCGAGCGGAGCGGCACAAGCGGGAGGGUGAGAGGUCGUGUUCAACACAGUGGAUGUGGAGGGCACUGACUGCUAAAUAAAACUUCCAGAAA